UUUGCUUUGUUCUUGGUUUUUGGCUAUUCGGUUUUUUUUUGGUAAAAAACAUCCAACAGAAAAGAAUCAUAAUGUCCGAACCAUUAGAAAUGAGUCAAGCACGUAAUAUUUAUACACGUGAACGUGAAUAUUUUCGUCGUGAAUUAUUACAAACAUUACGACAAUAUGAUUCGAUACCAAUAUCAUUCGAAAUUAAACAACAUCUUCGUAUGAAUGGUUUAGAUUUAAAAACAAAAUGUUUACAAAAUUAUCAUCAUGAUACAAAAUCGAUUGCCUGUAAUCAAUUACCCAAUAUUGGUAAUUCAUUACGAAUACGUUCAAUGUGUACAAGUGAAUUACCUGCAACAAGUCGUAAUCGUUUAUCAAAAUUUCAAUCAAAACGUAUGAUACGUGAUGAUGAAGAAGAUAAUCAUGAUAAUGAUGGUAAUCAAUAUUCAUUUCGUUCAUCAUAUACAUCAUCCGUACGACAAUCAUUACCAUUGAAUCGAUUUACCUAUGAUAGUACACGUCGUUCGAAAACAAAUUCACAUGUAUUAUCAUUUGAAAAACAAUUAAUCGAUGAUAUUGAAAAAAUGAUUGAUUCAAUUGAUCAUUUACGGGAAACAAAUCGUCAUGAAUGGUUACAACCAUCAUCAAAAGAUCGUCAACGACAAUAUUUUUCAUCAUUAUAUGAUGAUGUUGGUUAUUCAUUACCAUUAUAUAAUCGUUCAGAUUUAUUAUCAUCCACAUUGACAUCGACAUCGAAAAAUCCUGAUCCAAAAUGGAAUUGGAAAUUUCAAUAUGAUAAACCGGAAGAUGAACAAAAAACUCAAGUCGAAAAAUUCUAUGAUAAAUAUUUAUCAACAUCAAAAUAUUUAAAUAAAUUUGUUGAUGGUGAUGAUGAUAAAUCGACAAGAAUAACAUCGACAUCAUCAACAACAACAACAACAACAACGUCAUUGGCAAAUAUGACAAACAUUGACAGCAGUAUAAUUUAAUAACUGCUGAUGAUCGUCGUUUUUAAAAACAUUUCAAACAAACAAAAAAAUCUUCAUCAAAUAACAUCGAGGACACGCUGAAGACGACGGAUCAUCAUCAUCAUUUUCUUCAGCAUACAAUUAGAAUUGAAGGAAGAUGACGACGAAAAUUUUGGCAUUCUAAUUCAACAAAACAAAAUUCUUGUUUACUAUAUACAGCCAUAUCAAGAUGUGUUUGUUUUAAACAUUCUUUUCAAUGGUAAAAUCAUCAUCAAUUCCGACACACACACAUAGUCGUCAAAAGUCUUUUUUGUUUAAAAUUCUUGUCUUUUUUUGUCGGUUUUGCUUAGAUGUAUUUUUAAAAAAAGAAAAGAAAUAAUAAUCGUCAACGUUUAACGAAUGGCGCCAUCCGAUUUC